GAGUAGGGGCUCAAGAAUUUAACUGAACAAUUCUUCCCACUUUCACACUUGGAGGUUCUUGAUUAACACAGUUUGUUCUACCUCUUAAAAGAAAAAAAAAACUUUGCCGCAGAGAUGUGGGGGAUAAAACUUAUUAUUUUCAUCAUGUCUUUGGCCCCCACCUAUCAGCAGUUCCCUCGCCUCUGCGUAACCCUAGACGCCCUGCGGACAAAGGAGUGCUGCCCGGCCUGGGAGGGGGACGGCUCGGCUUGCGGGGCCCGGUCGGGCCGGGGCUCCUGUGAGGAUGUGGAGCUCUCGGAGCGGCCCGAUGGACCGCAGUACCCCUUCUCGGGGCUGGACGAUCGGGAGAGGUGGCCUUUGGUUUUCUACAACCGCACGUGUCAGUGUGCAGGUAACUUCAUGGGGUUUAACUGCGGGGACUGCAAGUUUGGCUACUUUGGGGACAACUGCGACGAAAGACGAGAGUCCCUGAGGAGGAACAUCUUUCACCUGACCAGGGCUGAGAGAAACAGACUCAUUUCUUACCUGAACCUGGCCAAGCAGACAGUCAGCAGAGACUAUGUCGUUGCAACGGGGACCUACAGGGAGAUGGGGAACGGCUCCAGCCCGAUGUUUGCUGAUGUAUCUGUGUAUGAUGUGUUUGUCUGGAUGCAUUACUAUGUGUCCCGCAGCGCACUGUUAGGUGGGCCAGGGAAUGUCUGGGGAGACGUGGACUUUGCACACUGGGCCCCUGCAUUUCCGCCAUGGCACCGUGUUUACUUGCUGCACUGGGAACAUGAGAUCAGGAAGCUGACCGGAGACAUGGAUUUCUCCAUUCCCUACUGGGACUGGAGGGACGCCCAGGACUGUGAUGUGUGCACUGACGAGCUGAUGGGGUCCCGGAGCCCCCAGGACCCAAACCUUGUCAGCCCAAGCUCGGUGUUCUCCUCUUGGAGGGUGCUGUGCUCCCAGGCUGAGGACUACAAUGACAGGGGCGUUCUGUGCGACGCCAGAGAUGAAGGCCCUCUGCGACGCAACCCUGGAAACCACGAUCGCAAUCUAGUGGAAAGAUUACCAACUUCUGCAGAGGUGGAGUUCACUCUCAGUCUCCCCAACUACGACACUGGAGCAAUGGACCGCACCGCUAACAUGAGCUUCAGGAACACCCUGGAAGGAUUCGGGGACCCGCAGACUGGGCUGGGAAGCAGUUCUCGUCUGGGUAUGCAUGCUGCCCUGCAUGUGUUCAUGAAUGGGUCGAUGUCCUCCGUGCAGGGCUCUGCAAAUGACCCCAUAUUCCUGCUUCACCAUGCUUUUGUUGACAGCCUGUAUGAACAGUGGCUCAGGAGGCACACACCUUCUCCAUCUCAGUAUCCGGAGUCUGAUGCUCCCAUAGGACACAACGGCGAUUACCACAUGGCUCCGUUUAUACCCCUGCACCGAAACAAAGAGUACUUUAUUUCCAGUAAAGACCUUGGAUAUGAGUACUCUUAUUUAUUAGAUGCAAACCAAAGGCUUGCAGAAUCAAUGCGUCCCUACCUGGACGAGCUGCAGGAUGUGUGGCCCUGGCUGUUGCUCGCAGGGCUCUGUGGAGGGCUUGUGACUGUGACCGCGGCGGCUCUUUUCCGACUCGCCAAACGUCGAUACGAUGCCUGGGUUGCUCGCAGGGCUCUGUGGAGGGCUUGUGACUGUGACCGCGGCGGCUCUUUUCCGACUGGCCAAACGUCGAUACGAUGCCUGGCCUCGCAGGAGGAGUUGGAAAAACGUCUUUGCCCUGCCAGAGAAGCAGCCGCUUAUCUGGAGCAAUGAAGCAGAAGCCAGCCACCGUAACUACCAAACAGCUAUGUGAACAUUUGUUGCAAAAAAAAAA